AUGUUAAACAAGAUGACCUCCUAUCAGCAGCAGCAGAUGAUGCGAGGUCCUAGGUGGAACCGGGCCUUGUCCGACCCUUUGCUCGUGCUGCUUCUGGCCCUCCAGCUGCUGGUGGUGGCAGGGCUGGUACGUGCGCAGACGUGCCCCUCUGUCUGCUCCUGUAGUAACCAGUUCAGCAAAGUCAUCUGCACCCGCCGAGGCCUGCGGGACGUCCCCGAUGGCAUCUCGACAAACACACGCUACCUGAAUCUGCAGGAAAAUCUCAUUCAGGUCAUAAAGGUGGACAGCUUCAAGCAUCUGAGACACCUGGAGAUCCUGCAGCUGAGCAAAAACCACAUCCGCAAAAUUGAGCUGGGUGCCUUCAAUGGACUGGCCAGCCUCAAUACCUUGGAGCUUUUUGAUAACCGCCUCACCACCAUCCCAAACGGGGCAUUUGAGUACCUGUCCAAACUAAAGGAGCUUUGGCUGAGGAAUAAUCCCGUGGAGAGCAUUCCCUCCUAUGCUUUCAACAGAGUGCCCUCAUUACGGCGGCUGGACCUCGGGGAGCUCAAGCGGCUCACCUACAUUUCUGAGGGGGCCUUUGAAGGGCUGAGCAAUCUACGCUACUUAAAUCUGGGAAUGUGCAAUCUGAAGGAAAUUCCAAACCUUAUACCCUUGGUGAAGCUGGAUGAACUGGAGAUGUCGGGGAACCAGCUAUCUGUCAUCCGGCCUGGCUCUUUUAAAGGACUCAUCCAUUUGCAAAAGCUGUGGAUGAUGCAUGCCCAGAUCCAGAUCAUAGAAAGGAACUCUUUUGAUGACCUGCAGUCGCUAGUGGAGCUCAACCUAGCCCACAACAACCUCACCCUGUUGCCCCACGAUCUCUUCACUCCUUUACAUCACCUGGAGAGGGUGCACUUGCACCACAACCCCUGGAAUUGUAACUGUGACAUCCUCUGGCUGAGCUGGUGGCUCAAAGAGAUGGUCCCAGCAAACACUAGCUGCUGUGCCCGCUGCAGCUCCCCCACCCACCACAAGGGCCGGUACAUCGGCGAGCUGGACCAGAACUACUUUCACUGUUAUGCUCCUGUUAUUGUGGAGCCUCCCACAGACCUAAAUGUGACAGAGGGGAGCGCUGCCGAGUUGAAAUGCAGAGCCAGCUCUCUGACCUCUGUGAGCUGGAUUACGCCGAACGGCUCCAUCAUGACACACGGAGCGUACAAGAUCCGAAUCUCGGUGCUGAACGACGGCACGCUGAACUUCACUAACGUCACCAUGCAGGACACAGGCACCUAUACGUGUAUGGUUAGUAAUUCUGCCGGGAACACGACAGCCUCCGCCACACUCAACGUGUCCUCGACAGAGAACAGCAGCUUCAGCUACUUCACCACGGUAACAGUGGAGACCAUAGAGACGCUGCAAAAUGAGGGCUUCACCACCAGUGUGCAACAGAAGGUGGGCCCCACCCCCUCGGCUAGCUCGUGGGAGUCUGUCUCAGCCACGUCGACAACGACCACCACGCUGCGGACCCCGCUCUUCACCCGCGCCACGGAGAAGACUUACCCGAUCCCCGUCACGGAGCUGGGCGGGGACGGCCUACUCAACGGCUUGGACGAGGUGAUGAAGACGACCAAGAUCAUCAUCGGCUGCUUCGUGGCGAUCACGCUAAUGGCCGCCGUUAUGUUGAUUAUCUUCUACAAGAUGCGCAAACAGCACCACCAGCAGAACCACCACGCACCGCAACGCACUAUUGAGAUCAUUAAUGUGGACGAGGACUGCGUAACAGGGGGCCAGGGGAUGGAGGGCCACCUGACUCUGCCUCCCCUUGAGCAUGAGCACCUCAACCACUAUAACACCUACAAGAGUGCGUACAACCAUGCCACUCUCAACUCCAUACACAGCUCCGCGCACGAACCUUUGUUAAUCCGGGCCAGCUCAAAAGACAAUGUACAAGAGACCCAGAUCUAA